UAUAACCAUUUUUUACACAUGUUUGCAUAAAUAUAAAAAUGUUUUAUUGGGUAUUGAUUGAACUAUUUCUAAUAUUAUAUUUAGUUUUCAACCAUAUUUAUAGCCUAAAUAAUGGGCUGGCAUUAACCCCUCCAAUGGGUUGGAUGUCUUGGGGCUAUUUUAUGUGCAACAUAUCAUGUCGUGAUAACUCCAACAAAGAUCAAAAAUGCAUAAAUGAAAAUCUUAUUAAAAUGACUAUCGAUAUAUUGGUCGACGAAGGCUAUAAAGAUGCCGGAUACGAAUACGUGAUAAUAGACGAUUGCUGGGCUGAGUUCGAUAGGGAAAAGGUUUAUAUAGAUUCUAAGGACUCCACAAAUUUUUAUUAUUCGUUAGUGGCUGAUCGUAAACGUUUUCCUAGUGGCAUUAAAUAUUUGACCGAUUAUGCUCACAAAAAGGGGAUGAAAUUAGGGAUAUACGCAGAUUUCGGUAAUAGGAGUUGUACGGGUUAUAACCCUGGAUCCAUCAAUAAUUUAGAAGCCGACGCCUACACUUUUGCUCAAUGGGGGGUGGAUUACGUUAAAAUGGACGGUUGUUUUGCUCAACCCGAAGAUAUGGAUGUAGGUUAUCCUAUGUUCGGAUACUUCUUAAACAAGACCAAUAGAGCCAUGAUAUAUUCGUGCAGUUGGCCUUAUUACCAAAGAUACAUCGGUAUCGAGCCAAAUUACAGAUACAUCGCCAAGCAUUGCAACUUGUGGAGAAAUUAUUGGGAUAUAAGAGAUGAUUGGAAUUUAAUCAAAGACAUAAUAUCCUACUACGCCUAUAAACAAGAAUCGUUGAUAUCGAGCGCAUCUCCUGGCGCCUGGAAUGAUCCGGAUCAAGUGAUGGUUGGAGCCCCCGGUCUUUCUUUUGAGCAAAGCAAAGCACACAUGGCUAUAUGGGCCAUUCUUGCCGCUCCUCUCAUAAUGUCGAACGAUUUAACUCGCAUUCCUCACCGGAUAAAACACGAAAUAUUACUCAAUAAACGACUAAUCGCCAUAAAUCAGGAUCCUCUCGGUAAGCAGGGCAGAUUACUUUUUCAGAAAAAUUUGGUCCAAGUUUGGAUUCGACCCAUAUUGCCCCGAGGUUCUUACGCUUUAGCAUUGCUUUACCCAUUUCAGGACGAAUUCGCUGUGAAUAACGAUAUAAUAACUGGUCCGAGCGAAAAUGGCGAUGGCUUGAUACCUAAAAUGCAUAAUUUCGAUCUUCAGCCCAUUCUUUUAGGGCUGAACAACGAAUCUGGUUACGUGUUCUACAAUGUCUACGAUAUUACGGGGAAAGACAAAUGGGUUAUGCAGCCUAAUAACCACAAAAUGCUAAAAAUCUCAAAGCCAGGCGUCGUGUUUUUGCAGGUUAAUCCAUUCAACAAUUAACAAAAGAAUUAAUACUUUUGAUAUACAGUAUUAUUAUUAUUGCAUUUAAUACAUUUAACAUAAGUAAUUUAAAUUAGAUAUAUUUUUAUGUAAAUAGUUUAAUCAUUGCUUAUUACAAAUAUUAAGUUGAUUUAAAUUUGUUUAUCCUAAAUAAACCCUCAUUUAGUUCUAUAUUUGUUAUACUAUCUCACUUUUUUAACAAUAAAUUAAAUUUCAAAGCACACAAUUAAUUAUUAUUUAUAUUUAAUAUAGCU